UUCUUCAUACACAUUCAGCGUGUGCGUGUGUGUAGUUAUUUCCUUCAAUGUUUUACGUUUGUUAACUAGUUAUUUCAUUUGAACUCUUAAUACCCGACAAGUUUUUCCCCCAAACGGAAAAAUGCUUAGUAAAUACAUUUUGUUCAUACCGCUUUUAUUAAUUUUAACACCAAAACAAUCGCAACUGGCAACAGCUGAUGCAGUUGCCUGCAGCAAUCUGGAGCGCUAUGAAAUCGAACGCCGCCUGUCCACCAAGACACCAUAUCGCGCCAUCGCCAAUUAUAAUGAUUCGGCGCCGUUGUACGAUGGUUGCCACCCGACGCGAAUUUGGGCCAUUAUACGCCAUGGCACUCGCAAUCCCAGCAAAGCGGUUAUUUUGCAUGCCAAAGAGCGCCUGGUCGAAAUACAGGCGCGUCUCUUGGCCCAGUCGGAGCCCAAUCUCUGUGCCGACGAAUUGAAACAGCUGCGUCGCUGGAGCUGGGAGCACAUCGAUGCCGACGAUGAGAAACUGCUGGUCGCCGAGGGCGAAGAUGAACUGAUUGAGCUGGCCGAACGCAUGCAGUUGCGCUUUCCCAGCCUGUUACCCGAUCUAUACAAUCCGGAAUGGUUCUACAUGAAGUACACGGCUACACAGCGUACUCUGAAAAGUGCGCAGAGCUUUGCAACCGGCUUAUUUGGACGUCAUCGCAUACAUGCCAUCACCUAUCCACAGCCAUUGCAUCGCGAUCCAGUGCUACGGUUUUAUAAACUCUGCAGCCGCUGGAAAACGGACGUCGAUAAGAAUCCUGAAACAAUGUUUAAUGCACGUAGCUUCUAUGCGGAGCCUGCGAUGCAGUCAGCAGUGGCGCAUGUGCGUUCCAACACAAAAUUAAUGGACUUAACCAUCGAGGAUGUCCAGCUAAUGUACACCGUGUGCGCCUUCGAGACGGCCUGGCAACGCCGCCGGCCGCCAUCCGUCUGGUGUCGCUUCUUCAAUGUGGCCGCUUUGAGCGCCUUGGAGUUUGCCGAGGAUCUCGAAUACUAUUGGAACGAUGGCUACGGCUACGAACUGACGCAUCGCAUUGCCUGUCCGGCAAUCGCAGACCUGUUUGCGGCCAUCGACACGCCAAGGCCGCGUGCCAAUGCCACCUUCUAUUUCACCCAUUCGGGCACGCUCCUCAAGAUGCUGGCCCAUCUGGGCGUGGCAAGGGAUGAGCGGCCGCUGACGCACAAGGAUUUUGAGAGCGGGCGUCUCUGGCGCACAAGUGAAAUCGAUGCGUUCGCAACCAAUUUGGCUUUUGUGCGCUAUGACUGCAUUGAUAGGGAGCCGCGCGUGCUGGUGAUGCAUCAGGAGCGUGCGGUGCGCCUGCCCGGCUGUCCACAGGAUGACGAUCUUUGUCCGCUGUCAACGCUGCGACGCAACUACGCGGACAGCGUUGAGCGCUGCGAUUUUGAGGCGCUCUGCCAAGCAGCCAACUGAGAGAGAAAGAGAGCGAGAGCGAGAGAGAGACAGAACAAGAGAACAGAGAAAGCUGGUUGGCAUGGAAUGGGAAUUGGAAUUGUUGCUGCUGCUGCUGCUGCCGCUACCGUAAAACUAUGUGAAAUUUAACAUGAAACAAGGGAUUCAUCGGAAUUUGUAAACAAAAUUUGAAUUGAUGUCGAGGAUAAACCGAACAGAGAGCGCGAGAACGAAAGAGAGAGAUAGAGAGAGGCAAAGUGAGAGCUGUGCUAAAAGGAGUUGAAAAAUGAGAUGAUAUCGAUGCUGCAUAUAUAUAUAUGUAUAUAUCUAAAUAUAUAUAUAUAUAUAUAUAUAUAUGUAAAUAUAGAGAUAGAGAAUAGCCGUUAAGUGAGAGUUGAAGGCAAGCGAGAGAAAUUUUGUAUUAGCAAAAAAAAAGAGAAAAUUUAACUGGAAAGUCGUUAUGUAUGUAUUUUGUAUGCCUUAUUAUCAAUGUGGACCAUCCAAUCCAAAUUUAAAAGAAACAAGAAAUACUGUAUACGCAAUGGAAUGUAGAAAUGAGAAAGUGAGAAAGCACAAGCGAGCAAGGGAGCAGGAAAGAGAGAAAAUGUGUGCGCGUGAGCAAGUAGAUAGAGAGAGAGAGAGAUUUAGAGGGAGAGGGAAGGAGUUUCUAGCCAUGCCGCCAAACCGAAAGUUGUCUAUUAUGCAUAUAUCUAUAUAUAUAUAUAUAUAUUUACCUUAUAUAAACUACUUAACCGAAUAUGCAUACACUAUAUUGCCGCUAAGCUGCUAACAACAUUUCUAUACAUUUUUUUCUUGAUUUGUUUUUGUAUAUUUCAUGCUGUUUAAUAAGUUUUUUUUUUCUUUUGAUAAUAUUUUUUUUGUUCAUUUUUGCUAUAACCAUAUAUAAAUGUAUACCCCAACUGCUUAGUUGAAACAAAAAGAAACAAAAAAUAAUAAUUAUAGUAAUAUUGCAUAGCCCCCUUGUACAUACCCAUAAUAUAAAUAUAUAUAUAUAUAACACUAUAUAUAUAUACAUAUAUAUAUAUAUAUAGUUAUUAAGAAUAUCCCACUUAUGUGUAACUUUAUAGAAACCUAUGCUCUAAAUGUACUCGUAUAUAUAUAUACUAUAUGCCUGUAUUCAUUGCUACCGCACCCGGCCACCCCGCCCCCCAACGUCUAUACCCUUAUGUGGCGCCCAAAAAGUUGUUUAAGAAGCAAAAAUGAAAUCGUUUAUUGAUUCAAUUCGUUCUCCGUUUGCCUGUGUUUAGAUUUUAAGACCAUAUUUGUAAGUGAUAUUGUUUUUGUUUCAGUUUCUAUUUUUUUCUCUUCUUCUUGCUAAAACUCUCAAAAAUGUUUGUUAAAAAAAGAAACAAAAAAUUACCGAAAAAAGCAAAAUAUGUUAAAAUCGAAAUUUAAAUGAGUUGAAACUUAAAUUAUUUAUUACGCACGCAACCAAUUGUAAGAAAUUCAAAGACGAAAAGACGCAAAUGUCGACAAAGAAUGACAAUUCGGAAAACACCGAAUAUGCAAAUACCCUUGCUGGCUACGACUAGUUGUUAAAUCUUAAACAAUUUGGUGUACGAUCUAAACACAAUUUAUUUAAAUAGCAACAAAAUAAUUGAACCAUGUUUUCGUCUUAAGCUUGAACAUAUAUUCACAUUAAAGUCAAACGAUUUUGUUUAAAUUUAA